AUGUCCUCCAAGAUUGAAAAGACGCUCCAGCGGCAACGCGAAAAAAUCGCCGAAGGCCAGUACUACGAAGCCCACCAACAACUCCGCGUAAUCGCCUCACGCUACACCAAAGCCUCGGACUGGACCAACGCAACCUCACUCCUCUACUCUGGUGCGCUUUCACUACUCCAAGCGGGCCAAGGCGGCUCCGGUGGUGAUCUAUGCAUAUUCCUCAUCGACGUAUACAACAAAGGGGAGGUCAAGGUGGACGCAGAGAGCAAAGGACGGUUACUCGGCCUCUUACGGGCGUUUCCCAAGGAGGAACCAACGAAGAAGAAGUUUGUGGGCGAGAUGAUUGCAUGGAGUAGCCGGUUCGGCGAGUUCCCGGCUGGAGACCCGGAGAUCCAUCACGUCGCAGGAGGGCUAUACGCUGAAGAUCUGGAACCCUACGAAGCAGAACGCCACCUACUCCUCGGCACCCAAGACAGCGCGUCAACCCUCGCUUCCCUCCACUACGAUUGGUACACAUCCGACGCCCCGCACACAGCACCUCUAUACUGCGCCCGCGGCGUCCUGCCAUACCUGCUUACGGGCAACCUCCGUGCAGCCAACAAGUUCUUCCUCCUCUUCACCUCGUCGUUAGAGAAAGCGCCGAACCCACCCACGCAACCCGUUUCCACAAAAUCCUCUGAUCUCCGCGUAUACCCCUCGUUGCCGCUGUUAAAUUUCUUGGGCUUAUUGUUGUUGAGCGUGGAGAGGGGUGAUCCUAGUUUGUGGCGCCAGUUGAAGAGCCAUUAUGGGGGUGAUCUCAAGGAUGUGAAUUGGAAUGAGGCGCUGGAUCAGAUUGGGGAGAUGUACUUUGGGAUUAAGAUACCGCGACAGGGUAAUCCCAUGUUCGAUAUGCUGGGCAGCAUGUUUGGAGGAGGUAUGGGGGGAAAUGCUCCGGCGAAGAAAGCCGUUGGUGGAAGAGCUCCGCCGUCGGCAGGGCUGGACUGA